AUGUCAAUUUUUUCAAUCGAUAAUCUACUACAAUUUUUCGACAUCGGUAAUCGUAUUUUGCCUGUCGAAACAAUCACCGAUGGUUGGGUUAAUACAACUUAUAAAAUUACGAGUGAAACUGGAAGUUAUAUUUUACGACAGUAUUUAGAACAUGGUGAACGAAUUCGAACUGGUGAAAGCAUUUCUUUUGAACUCGAAUUUAUGAAUUAUUUGCAUCAAAAUAACUUACCGGUACCGAAGAUAAUUAGACCAAUAAAUUCGGAUGCUGAAAAUACAAACACUAACAAGUUUACAAUCAAAUACGAACAUGAUCAACGAUACUACGUUUUAUUCGAGUAUAUCAAUGGAGUGAAAUAUAUAAACACAAACCUUAGUGCACAACGACAACUAUGGCAAACCAUAUCAGUUGCUCAAUUCCUAGGUAAAAUGCAUUCAUUAACAUUGAAUACUGAAAAAGACUGGAAAUUAAAAUCCAAUACAUAUCGAAUUCAUCAAAAUUUUGUUCGAGUUAAAUAUGAAUUAUUAACAAAUUAUGAACAAUUCAAACGUGAACAGUGUGAGCUUUAUAGAAGAAUUGAAAUCUUGAUUGAGAAACAUACAUCUACAAUACCGUUAACGAAUGUUAAAGAGACACAAAUUUCCUAUAUGGAAAAACUCGAACAGAACUUGCCCAAAGGUUGCAUUCAUGCUGAUUUACAUGAUGAUAAUGUUCUAUUUAACGAUGAAGGAAAAACGGUAGCAGCAGUAUUGGAUUUCGAUGAGAUGUACUAUGGUUGUCUGUUAAUUGAUUUUUCGUAUGUAAUCAUGUGUUGGUGUUUUAACGGUGAUCAACUGAACUUGGAAUAUU